AUGAGACUACUACUCCUGUCAGCCACCAUGCCCUCAGAUGUGCUGGAAGUGACCAAGAAGUUUAUGAGGGAUCCUAUCAGGAUUCUAGUCAAGAAGCAGGAGUUGACAUUAGAAGGCAUUCGUCAGUUUUACAUAAAUGUGGAACGAGAGGAGUGGAAGCUAGAUACCUUGUGUGAUCUGUAUGAAACUAUUACCCAAGCUGUUAUCGUCAUCAAUAUCCGCCAAAAGGUGGAUUGGCUCACUGAGAAAAUGCAUGCCCGUGACUUUACUGUCUCUGCAAUGCAUGGAGACAUGGACCAAAAAGAACGGAAUAUAAUCAUGAGGGAGUUUCGUUCAGGUUCCAGUAGGGCGCUUAUUACCACUGACCUAUUGGCUAGAGGCAUUGAUGUUCAGCAAGUGUCUUUGGUUAUUAAUUAUGACCUUCCCACCAACCGGGAAAAUUAUCUUCACAGAAUUGGCGGUGGUGGGCACUUUGGCUGUAAAGGCGUGGCUAUCAACAUGGUGACAGAGGAAGACAAAAGGAUUCUUCGAGACAUUGAGACCUUCUAUAACACCUCCAUUGAGGAGAUGCCUCUCAAUGUGGCUGACCUCAUCUGAGGGGCUUCCCCACCUGAUUUAACCCAGGGCCUUGCUCUCUGGGAUGG